AUGACACUCGCUGAUAGAGGACGCACAUUUGUGCGUGCCCUAAAAAUAAUAGUCCCCACACAAAUCCUGUAUAAACUUCCCACAUCUCCUGAAUACCUCUUUCAAGAGGAAUCCAUCGCUCAAUGGUGUUCAUGGGGCAAAAACUUGACAUACUACACCAUCAUCGGUUACCUCAGCGAUGUUGUAGUUGGCAUCGGGAAAGGUUUAGUAGAGGGCAUGAAGGAUUCUGAGGCUAGAGACACCAUAAAACUUAUGGUUAUUUGGAAUGAAAUGCGUGGUGGCUGGAUUAGCGGCUGGAUCGUGGUGGGUGGAUUAGUGACUAGAGCACUUUACAAGACGACGGCGGGCCCUAGGUCGGUGGCUGUUGCCGGAGCUAUUGGUGGAAUAGCGGUGGGAUUACCCGUGACGGGGAAGUAG